AUGAGACGUAUUGACACGACUAUUUCGACACACGGCGGGCUUUUGGGAGCUGACUCUUCAGGUUCUUCGGGGGCAUUGGCCGCGGACGGCGGCGAAGGGCACCUCAUGAAGACGCGGUACUGCGCUUCGCCCGCCCGGCCCCGGAAAGGCCAGACGCGGAUCUACGAACAGGUUGCCGGCUCGCGAAACAGCUUCUACUCCGUCCCCCUCUUUCUAGAGUGGGACUACCGGGAGGUGGCCGAGCUAGUCCGGCGUGGGACCAAAAUCGGCAAGGGCGCAACAUGCGCGGUCUACAAGACGAACAUGCCCUGCGGCUCCACGGUCGCCAUCAAAGUGGUCGAUAACUCGCUGGACGUGUCUGCGGAAGUGCAGGCGUUGUCCAACUACCGCCAUCCGUCCAUCGUGACGUUUAUGGGCUACGCGCGCGGGAAACACAAGCAGUACUUGGUGUUUGAGCAUUUGCCGAACAAGGACGUGGCGCACGCGCUCUACUCGAGUGUGAUCAAGAGCAUCCGUUCGUCGUGGAUGCGUCGUGCGCGCAUUGCGGCAGAUUUGGCUGGCGCGCUCGCAUUCCUGCACUCACGUCGGCCGCGCGUCUUCCACCGCGACGUCAAGUCCGGCAACUUGCUCGUGGACGAGUUCGGCCGCGCGAAACUCGGUGACUUCGGCCUCGCAGUGAUUGCUCAUGCCUCCCGGGUCACCGUCUCACGCAGCGAAGGUACGCCCGGCUACGCAGACCCCAACUACAUGACCUCCCACAACGUUGACGACCGUACCGACGUCUUCUCGCUCGGCGUCGUUCUAGUCGAACUCCUCACGGGCCAAUGCCCCGCCGUCUACGCACGCAAACUUGGCGAUCACCGCUCCGCCUACGUCAUACGUUACUUCGCCGACGUCAUCGACUUAUCCGACCCCUGCUCCCUGCUCCCCUACGCCGACACCCGGUGCCUCUGGCCCGCCCUCCUCCCUCUCGAAUGGAGCCAACUAGCCCUGAAGUACUAUACACUACCGCGCACGCACAGCCGAGAGCUCAACCCAACACAUACUCACAAACCCUCCCCCCCCGCCCAAUCGUCACGGACCCGCGCUGCAGCUGCAUGUCUCCAAAACCGGAAUCGAGACCCUCGGCCGUAG